AUGGAAAAAGACCAGCAGACAGCCGAGCAGCUGGAAGUGGAAAGAUGGAAGAUGAAGAAGCUUCUGAAGUACCUGCAGAACGCGCGAGGAAACGGAACUUCAAUGAUAUCUCUGAUUCUUCCGCCCAAGGACCAGGUCUCCCGUGCUAACAAGCUCCUGGUGGAGGAGUACGGAACAGCUUCAAACAUUAAAAGCAGAGUGAACAGACUGAGCGUCCUCGGCGCCAUCACAUCAGCACAGCAGAGACUGAAGCUCAUCCCAAGAGUGCCAGAGAAUGGCCUUGCUCUUUACACAGGAACCAUCCUCGAAGACUCGGGGAAAGAGAAGAAAGUGUGUUUUGACAUUGAGCCCAUGAAGCCAAUAAACACGUCGCUCUAUCUGUGUGACAGCAAGUUCCACGUGGAGGACUUGAUAAACUCCCUCGAAGAUGACUACAAAUUUGGGUUUAUCAUUAUGGAUGGACACGGAUCGCUAUUUGCCGUUCUAUCCGGAAACUCAAAAGAGAUAAAACAGAAUAUAUCGGUGGAUCUGCCAAAGAAGCACGGGCGAGGAGGACAGUCUUCAGUGCGAUUUGCCAGACUGAGGAUGGAAAAGAGACACAACUAUCUCAGAAGAGUGAGCGAGAUUGCAACGCAGGUUUUUAUCACAAACAACAAGCCGAACAUACACGGACUGAUACUUGCAGGAUGCGCUGACUUCAAAUCAGAUCUGUACCAGUCGGACUUUUUCGACCAAAGACUGAAGCCAAAGGUAGCCAAGAUAAUAGACGUAGCAUACGGCGGUGAAAACGGGCUAAACCAGGCAAUAGAGCAGUCUGAAGAAGUUCUGCAGAACCUGAAACUCGUGAGCGAGAAAAAGACGAUCAAGCUCUUCUUUGAUGAGGUUGUAUCUGGAUCAGGGAAGGUGUGUUUUGGUGUGGAGGAGACAAUGGCGUGUCUGGAAAUGGGGUGCAUGGAAGUCCUGAUCAUUGACGAAUCAUCGAACAUUAGAAGAACGGAAAUAGAUGAGAAAGUAACGUACUCCGAAGGGGGAGACGGCGAGCUAUUAACAGACUGGCUGGCUGAGAACUACCGUAAAGUAAACUGCAAUGUCGUUUUUAUCUCUGAUAAGAGCCAGGAGGGAACACAGUUCAUCUCUGCUUUCAGCGGAAUAGGGGGCAUUCUUAGAUACAAAAUGGAAAUGGGAGAUAACGAGUCCGAGGUAGAAGACUUUUCAGAUGCAGAUAUUUUUUAG